GUUCCUCACGCUGAGGACAAGGUUCCUCACGCUGAAGACAAGGUUCCCCACGCUGAGGACAAGGUUCCUCACGCUGAGGACAAAGGUUCCUCACGCUUAUGACCAGGUUCCUCACGCUGAGGACAAGGUUCUUCACGCUGAGGACAAGGUCCCUCACGUUGAGGACAAGCUUCCUCACGCUCAGGACAAGGUUCCUCACGCUGAGGAGAAGGUUCCUAACACCGAGCACAAGGUUACUCACGCUGAGGACAAGGUUACUCACGCUGAGGACAAGGUUCCUCACACUGAGGACAAGGUUGCUCACGCUUAUGACAAGGUUCCUCACGCUUAUGACAAGGUUCCUCACGCUGAGGACAAGGUUCCUCACGCUGAGGACAAGGUUGCUCACGCUGAGGAAAAG